UCAUUUUCAAUUUCAAAAAUUCAAACUUGAAAGUUGAAAACCUCAGACUUCAGAGUCAGACUACAAUCAGACUAUACGAAUUGCGAUGGGCGAUAGCCGAUGGUAACUUAUUUCAAAAUAUAAACUUUAGCGUAUUGUGAUUUGUGUGCAAAGAGAAUACAAAUACUGUUUGUGUGUGGUGUCCAUCACUGAGCAAGUACCAAGUAUUAUAGUAGUGUCCAUCUUUGGUAGAUCUAUAAUUUAAAGAGCUACAAGUGAUUUUCUUUUCUGUAAAAUGUCUCUCAAAGGCGAUGAACUCAAUGUUUAUUGGAAUAAAAUUCACUACGGAUUUCCGAUCCUCAACGAUACUUUAUUUACUGACUGUACUGAGGCUGAAUAUACACAAAUACAAGAAAUAAUAACCAGUUUAGGUAUUCAGGUUAAAAUACGCGAUCUUGUUAUUGUUAACAUGGAAAAAUAUAUGCGUCAACAUAUAGUUCCUACGUUUUGGGCAAAAUUUAUUAAAGUAGAUGAGGAGAUAAAGGGCUUUCAGCUGUUCAAAUCUGCAGUAAAAGACUUAUAUGAAUCAAUGAGAGGUUUUUGUUACAUGCUUAGAAGACUAAUAAGACUAAACAGUGUUUGUCCCAACAAAGGACCUAUUUUGGGUGAGAGGGAUAUUAUUAAUGGAUUUAGGCAACUAGUGAGAUCUACCUUACUAUCACAAUUGCCUGUUGAUUUUCAUGUUAUUAUAACUCAUUUUUAUAAAAUAGCAUUCAAUGUUUUUGAUAAUGAAAAUGAAAAUAAUUCAGAUAUGAGUGUUGACGUUACAUGUGCAGGAUGUUAUAAUGAAUAUUCCGAGUGUAGUUGCUCAUAUAUUGUUAAAGUUUUCCAUGAGACCAACAGGAAACUGAUGGAAUUACAAUUGCUGGAGAGACUUGCUGGACAAGUGCUUACAAAUUUUAUACAAGUAAGAAUGGAAACACACAUACAAAAACUCUGUACUGGAACUUUUGAUGUUUCACAUAUAUCUCAUUUAGAAAAUUGGUUAGAAAAAACUGUAAUAACAUGGUUGACACGAAUAUAUUGUGGAGGAUCAUCAAAAGCGCCACCGGACAAUAAAAAUAUGCAAGAUGCUAUUGACAAAUUUAAUAAAAAAUUGAGCUAUUUCUUGUAUCAUACAUAUAUGAAACUAAGAAUUGAUCAGUUAUUUAACAUAAUUAUUGAAUAUCCCGAUUCUCAGCCUGCUAUUGAAGAUAUCAAAGCUUGUUUGAAUAAAACAGAUCUGUGUGCCUCAUUGUGUAAAAAAUUACAAACUGCUUUAGAGACCCGACUUCUGCACCCAGGAGUAAAUACACCAGAUAUACUUACAGCUUAUAUUUCCACUAUCAGAGCCCUUCGAUAUUUAGAUCCAUCUGGAGUCAUUUUAGAAAAAGUCACAAGGCCUGUUCGUAGUUACUUAAGGAAUAGAGAAGAUACUGUUCGCAGUGUUGUCAGUAGUUUGACAGAAGAGGGAUCUGGUAGUGAGUUAGCUGAGGAAUUAGCUAAAUAUGCAGCUACUACAGGGGAAGAGAUUGACCAGGAAGAGGCCUGGGAUGAGUGGGUUCCUGAGCCUGUGGAUGCAGAUCCCAAACAAAAACCUACCAAUAAUAGAAGCAAUGAUAUUAUAUCAAUGCUUGUUAAUGUUUAUGGCAGUAAAGAAUUAUUUGUUAAUGAAUAUAGAACUCUCUUAGCAGAUAGAUUGUUAGCACAAAGUGUAAUCAACACUGAAAAGGAGAUACGAUACUUGGAGUUGUUGAAAAUAAAGUUUGGAGAGUCUCACUUACACUUUUGUGAAGUAAUGUUAAAAGAUAUUUCAGAUUCUAAGAGAAUUAAUGCUCUCAUUCAACAGGAUGCAAACUUUGCAGAUUUAAAUCAAAAAUUUACAUCAAAUGCAAUGAUAUUAUCUGCUCAAUUCUGGCCCCCCUUUAAGGAUGAAAGUUUGGAAUUACCAGAGGAAAUUAAACAUCAUUUAGAAAAAUAUACAAAAGCUUAUGAGGCAUUAAAAGGGAACAGAACUUUAAGUUGGAAACCUCAUCUGGGCAAUGUUAAUAUUGAGAUUGAAAUUGGUGAGAAAAAAUUAGAUUUGACUGUGUCACCAUUUAAUGCAACUUUAAUUAUGCACUUUCAAACAAAACCAGAAUGGUCAAUUGAUGAACUUCAUCAGAUAAUGCAAGUGCCAGUAAAUGUAUUGAGAAGAAAAAUAACCUACUGGCAGUCACUCGGUCUCAUCUCUGAGAAGUCUCCCGAUGUGUAUGUAGUCGUUGAGGAAUCUGAGGCGAAUAAAUCAAAUGUAACAUCAAAUCAGGUGCAAGAAAUGAUUUGUGAAGAUGACGAAAGUGAGAGUGUGAUGGCCUCAGUACAUGACCAAAGAGAAGGUGAACUUCAGAUGUUCUGGUCAUAUAUUGUUGGUAUGUUAACCAACUUAGAAACUUUGCCAUUAGAGCGAAUACAUCAAAUGCUCAAAAUGUUUGCUUCACAAGUUCCUGGCGCAGAAUGCCAUAUGCUAGAACUGAAGCAAUUUUUGGAUACAAAAGUACGAACACAUCAACUUGUAUUGCAGAGUGGCAUGUAUAAGUUGCCAAAGAAUAAUUGAGUAAGUGUGUAGUUAUUUAAAGUAUUUAUGUUCAAAUAAAAUAGAUUUUGUCAUCUCAUAAAACUCAAUCUUAGAAAGACUUAUGUAUCGUAAAAAUAAUAAAAAAAAACACCAGUUUGGAAUGUAGAAAGCUGCCAGCAAAAAACUGUAGUUCAAAACCAUUUGUAAAGAACUACAUUCUAAAUAAUAAUGAUGCAGAAUCCAAGGGUUCUUAAGCAAUUCCAUGGAUUAUCAUCUUAUUCAUUUAUCCUCGAACCUUGUAUGCCUCUGAAUCUCUCUAUUGUGUUUUAACAAAGUUUGUAAAUUCAGUAUUACUGAACAUUAAACUUUUAAGAAUCUUAUUGUAAUAAAAAUUGUAUAUCUAUAAAUGAAAAAAAUUCCUUGUUUCAUAACAUUACCUAAACCUUCUUAUGGUGUCUAUGUUCAUGUGUGUGUAGUGUGUAUGUAUCGUAGCAAAAGUUAAACGAUUUAUUUGAAGAUCUGAUGUAUUGAAGGUUAAAUUAAAUACAAAUAAAGGUA